AUGUACCAGUAUUUCGCAAGACAAGGUGCAUCGAAAAACAUUCUUUGUAUUUUCGAAGCUCAAAAAAUAAGAGAGGUAACUGUGGGUUCGACAUCGGUCGAUCAUGGCAAUAAAGAUGUUUGUAAUUUGACAGCUGAAAAUUACGGAAUUCCUUGGUUCUGUGGAAAACCGAAGAGCAGUCGGGUUCAGUGUAGUGACUGGACGAAGUUGUCACAUGAAUCAUUUAAUUCAAAUACUUUAUAUAAAAACAAGACAGUAGCGCAGUAUUAUCUAAGGGCCAUCUAUCACAGAGUGCACACAGAUUCAAUUAACAUUACAGUGCGACAAGAUGGAAUUCCCCCAGGAUCUAACGAUAUCCUUUUGAUCCACCUCUACGCUCACUUCCAAUACCACCAUCCCAAGGUGUUCAGGACGAACAUCAGGAGAACUGUGAGAUCACUGAAGGAACUCUUGGCGAGGUCGCCAAACGUCUCCGUUGCCAUCAAAGGGCCUCAUUACUUCAGCUUCAGGGACAGGAAGACACUGGGCGGCAUGUGGGGUCCUAUAUAUAAUCAUAUUCUGAAGGAAGAAUUUAAGGAGCUCUACCAGAAAGUGUGGUUUCUGGAUGUUUGGGACAUGACCGUUGCCCAAGAGAGCAGAGAUGUCCAUCCUUCCAGUAGUAUUGUCAAGUCCAUGGUAAACAUGUUUGUUGAUUUCGUUUGUAGCUAAUUCAGAAUCCGUUCAUGAUCAUUCGAACUUGUUAAAAAUCACUAUAAGUAUCCAAACGAAAGUAUCAGAUAAUUCCAGUAGACUUGAAUUUGUUAG